AUGGGUAUUGCAACAGCACUUGUUUGGGCAGCGACUGCAGUCGGCGUGACCAGUGCGGUCACAGUUGCGCACGCGGAGGACGCGGCUCCCUAUGAAGCUAACGUAACUCUGCUGACGCAGAAGGUUUACGGUGAUGAUACCUACCCAGUAUGGCAUCGCCGCCUCCUGCCGCCGGAGACUCCCCGUGCGAGAUACCCCGGAUUCAAGCCGGAGACGGCUGUACUCAAAAAGGGCUCCAAACGCCGCGAGGGAGCCAAGUCUUUGCGCUGCGAUAUUCUUUUGGAGCGUGACGUGGCCGUGACACUGCGGGACGGCAACACUAUCUAUGCCGACAUCUUUCGCCCUACAACCAAUGGUACUUACCCGGGCAUUGUGCAUUGGAGCCCUUAUGGCAAGGAGACAGGCAACCAGCAUCUCGACGACAUUCCUGGGCGCUACAACGUACCACUAUCGUCCCUGUCCGAACUUCAGAAGUGGGAGGCCAACGACCCGGCCGAGUGGGUGUGCAACGGCUACGCCAUCCUCCAACCAGACACACGAGGCGCUUUCUCGUCGACGGGCAACUUUCCCUUCUGGGGCCGACAGCUGGCUGAAGAUGGCUACGACUUCAUCGAAUGGGCUGCCAAUCAGACAUGGUCCAGCGGCAAGCUCGGCAUGUCUGGCAACAGCUGGCUCACUAUUUCGCAAUAG